AUGGCCGAUUGGGGCGAGUGCAAGAGCUUCUUGGCGCCAGGCCUGCUGCAGCACCAACUGGCCAUCGUCACCGGAGGGGCCACGGGUAUUGGAAAGGCCAUCGCCACCUAGCUGCUGCACCUGGGGUGUAAUGUGGUCAUUGCAUCUCGUAACUUUGAUAGAUUAAAAUCUGUUGCAGCAGAACUGAAGGCCAGCCUGCCCCCCAACAACCAGGCUCAGGUCACUCCCAUAAAAUGCAACAUCCGUAAUGAAGAGGAGGUGCAGAAUUUGGUCAAAUCCACCUUAGAUGUUUAUGGUAAGAUCAAUUUUUUGGUAAACAAUGGAGGAGGCCAGUUCAUGUCUCCUACAGAACACAUCAGUGCAAAGGGAUGGCAUGCUGUGAUUGAGACCAACCUGACAGGCACCUUCUACAUGUGCAAAGCAGUUUACAACUGCUGGAUGAAAGAGCACGGAGGAUCUAUUGUCAAUAUUAUUAUCCUUACUAGAAACGGAUUUCCAGGAUUUGUGCAUUCUGGAGCCGCUAGAGCAGGGGUUUACAACCUCACCAAGUCCUUGGCUGUGGAAUGGGCUAGCAGUGGAGUAAGGAUCAACUGUGUUGCCCCUGGAACCAUUUAUUCCCCGAUUGCUAUUGAAAACUAUGGUCCGUUGGGAAAAAACUUAUUUGGAGGGUUCUUUAAGAGAAUCCCAGCUAAGCGAGUUGGGAGUUCCUGAGGAGAUCACGACAACUGGCCUGACGGAGCAGGGGACCUUUCUGUCGUCAAACAGUUGAAGGAGGAUUUCAAGAGUAAAAGCAAGCUCUAAGCUAAGGAAACUACAUGUGUCUUUUGUCUCCAGAUGCCUUAAUUUCUCAAGAAUGCACUUUCAUACUUUCCAGGAGCUGAUAAUAUGAAGGGAACUAUCACUUUCUGCCUUUUAAUGUUAUCAGUCAUGCCUAUGCAAAAACUGUUCCUGAAAUAAUGCACAUUUAAGCCCCAGACAACACUGUGUAGCCUGUGAUUAAAGAUUUCUUUUUUAGGAAUGGGGCUUGACAUACUUUAUGAUUAUGCCUUUCAUUUCUAAGCAAGCUAAUUG